CGUAAAAGGCUUAGAAUAUUUAGAAAAAAACGACUGAAAAAGGCCUAGACUAUUCCUUGUCUUAACUUUGGAAGUAAGUAAAGUAGAUAUCAAAUCAUCUGCAUGGAAUUCGAUGGGGGUUUUAGGUUGAACGACGAGGGACCAACUAACUCACUUUCUUUCUGGCUCUUUUGAGCUUUCCUUGACUCAAGAUGCCUAAAGUGCCCGGAAUGUCCAUGGCGGAAUUCAAAAAAGACUGCAACAGUUGCAAUGAGGUUGAACUAGCAGCACGCCGCCAGGUCAUCGAUGACCGUAUGGAAGACCUUAAGGCCCAUCGUGUGGGUUACACGCCUUUGUCGCAGCUGUCGAGCCGCAGCUUCGAGCAGAUUCAUAGUAUUUUCCACUUUGUGCUUGCCUCUUUAUCUAGUCACCGAGUAGCUGGAAUCUCAUCCUUUCAAGGAUUCACUUGAAGAAAUUCUAUCUAUGUCACUAUACUGAUAUCUGGCCGAGGAUACUAAAAAAAGCACUAUCUUUUAUCUACCUUCCAACUUCAGAACUUCAUACUCAAAAACCAUAGGCCUAAUCUACAACUCCAAACCUCCCUACAGCUAUCGGACAGCUUACCCUGGUGCAGAUCUGCAUGAUCAUGGCCACUGUGUGCGAGGUCUCGUACCUGAACGCCUGCACCAAGGUCGUACAUGUUUCCAUGUGGAAGUGGUUCUUGAUGAUGGUCGACGUCGGCUACAACUUGCCCAUCACGGUGUGCGGGAAAGAUGGGCACUACAGUCUGAAGACCUUGGCCUCCUUCCUCAAGAACCAGGUGCCGUUAUUCAAGCUGCAGCAGGUGUACCAGAGCAUGCCUGACAUUCAGUCCUGCGUGCAGAAGGUGGUCUCUUAUGAGUGCCACCGUGAAAUGCAGGCGGUCGCUGCUGCGCAGUCUAACGCCGGUCCCUCGUCGUUCGGAAUGCAGGCGUUAAUAUUUAGAUUUUUUAGAAUUGUGACGAACUCCAUUUUCAUAGCAAGAAUUUCUUCGUACUCAGCUUGAAGUAUAGGCAUGCUCCUCGUAAUUCUCGCUUCACCAAACAUCACAGUCGACGAACUUGCUUGCGCUGCCUGCUCCACCCGGACCGCUCGCUCUCAUGGACCAGUCCCAAUCCGUGGGCGCAAUUCCCUUUCCAGAUGUUCGUGGAUCUUCUUCUUCGUCCAGCAGCUCCGCCAACAACGUCGCCCUCAUCCACUCCUCGACCGAGCAGGGCCACGCCACCACUACGGACGGAGGAGACUCUGAGCCACAGACGAAGCGCCAGAAGGCUGUUGAAAGCCCGAAGGCAAAGAAGGCGCCGAUGAAGGCGGCCGCCAAGAAGAAGAACUAAGGGGUUGAGGAGAUGAUGAGGGGGGCGGGCUUGUAGACACAGUCAAAAAUCUGAUGCAUAAGUGCAAUAUUUUUUCACUUUUGGAAGGUUGUGGUACAUUAGAGAUAGUCGCUCAACUCUAAUAAACAUGGUCGGAUGUGUCUAUAGGCUUAUGGUUUCGUCAUAUUAGCGGUUCUUUAAGGUGGUAACAGCAGCUUCCAGCGCUUGCGUUGGAGUUGCCUCACCUUGUUAUAUUCUAGCUUGAGUUUUCACAUCAUCUAGUCCUUUUUAGUCAUUUUCUGAUGGUUGUUGUUUAAUUCUUCUAGAAGUAGAGUCCUUAUUAAGGUGGCAUGGAGUUUGCUAGCUGGUAGGUAAUUAAGCUCGGUGUGUGUCAACUUCAUUCUUAUGCUUGGAGCGGACUGAACUUGGUGAUGUUGCUGAAUAGCUGGCUGCUCGUCGCCAGCACAGAGACCACUUCGUGUGGAUCUCCUUGUGCAUGGUCGUAGUCAGACUCUUGAUAGAGCUUCGGCCAAGGACAACAUAACGCAG